AUGCCCGACCGCCCAGCUAAAGACCCCGUCGCGGCGCGGUCCGCGUUCCUGUGCAUGUACAUGCGCGGGCACCCCGACACGCUCGUCGCGUACGUGAAACACUACGCGGGCGUGCAGGGCGCCGUCGCGGACGCGGCGAUGCGCGGGAUCGACGCGAAGGGCAUGACCCUCGCGUACGCGCGCGCGAAGGGCGCGCCGGCGACGGAGGUGCGCGUCCCGUUCGACCCGCCGCUGGGGGGGUACGACGAGGUGAAGCCGCGCCUGCUGGCGAUGAAGGCGGACGCGGAGGCGGCGCUCGGGAUGACGAAGGCCCCCGCCAUAACGACCUUCCGCCUCCCCCUCCAGAUCUACCAGCCCACGCUCCUCCUCGCGCUGCUCGUCUACACCACGCUCGCCGCCCCCCACACGCCGGGCGCCCUCCUGCGCGAGUGGCUCGGCGCGCGGGCGAUGCGCGCGGUGUGGGUGUUCGUGCCGGCCGUGCACUGCCUGGAGGGCGCGUGGAUGGCGUGGAUGUGCCGGCGGGCGCGGACGCCGCUGGGCGUCGGGGUGUUGUACGUCCUCGCGGCGACGCUCUGGGGCUACCCCGUCCUCUUCGACUUCCGCGCGAGGGUGCACGAGGCGCGGAUCGCGAGUAUCACGAAGGGGGAGUAG